AUGGGUUCUCUGCGGGUCUGCGCCAACAAUGCCCAAGUCGACUACUACCACUACGAAGUUGUCCUUGAUGCCUGCCCAAAGAACCACCCAUGGCAGAUUUCGGUCCGAGCUGCCAUGUUUACAAUGGCUGCGAUGGUGCGAAUACCACCGCUUUUCGGCCUAUGUUCCAGCUUUGUGCUUUGCUUUUAUCGGCGCAACCGCAAAGCGUGGCAGGUAACAUGGCUUAAGAAGGUUGCCAAGGGAGCAGUCAUUUCAUAUGCGACUUUCAACUUCAUUUGUGUGUGGGGAGCCUGGCUAAGACUUGUUGUCUUUUUGGAAGCGCCAGUAAAGAAGACAGAAGAUGCCUGGAGCCUGGGCCAAGCACUGCCAUCACCGCUUGGACACCGGUCCUGGUGGAGUUCAUAA